UCUGGAGCAAUAUUCUCGGAUCAAUGAUGUUAUCAUAUCUGGGCUUCUUAUCCGACCCCGGUCAUUCGCACGAGCAGUGGCCACUAACAACGGACAGAGCCAGAGGAGGAAGAUGUGGCUUCUGCGGAGCAACAGGUGGUAGCCUUUCUACAGGCUAAGGACAUCCACCUCGACUGCAGCCACAUUGAGGCUUGUCACCCGCUGCCCAUGAGGAAGCGCAAAACGGAGCGCACCAACGAUAACAGAGAUCAGCGACCCGACACCCCGAGAGUUAUCCUGAGAUUUUCUAACAGAAAGCACAAAAUCGCACUGCUGAAGGAGUGGAAGAAGCUGAAGGGGACGGAUGUUUACAUGAACGAGCACCUGGUUAAACGCAAUGCCAACAUAGCAAAAGAAGCACGCGAUCUGAGGAAGAUUCAACAAACCUGGACGAGGAACUGCAAAGUGUUCAUCAAACUCAACGGCGAUACUCCAGAGGAGGCCAAAGUGAUGGUCAUCAGGAGCAUCGAGGAGUUGGGCAAGUACUGACAUGACAUCUGUCUCACAACACGCUAAAGUGUCCACCACACCAGACACUGACGCUCUACAUUCCAACACGCGCACUGCAGAGAUUGAAAUUAACUUUUUUGCCCACCAGCCACUGUUGCAGGUAGAUUUAAAAAUCUACCAGCCACUCAUCUUUUUUACCAGCCACUUUUUAUACGCUAUAUAUUUUUCAAUAUAUGCGUACAUUUUAAACAAUAUAAUAGUAACAAUAGAUAAGAAAAGUGUUUUUCAUACACAUCAGUUGGUGUUACGAUGACAAGUUUGGGGAUAAUUCAUCUAUACAAAGUAUUUUCAUUAAAAAACGAAUUGACAUAUUAAUAAUAAAACAACAUGCAUGGCUACACCAUCAUAAGUCAAUAGGAACAUUUGUUUUUUUGUAUUUACAUGUGACUGCAUACAAAUGUGUCCACACAGACAUGGUAACUAACGUAUGAUAGUAAGCAUUAUAUGCCCUUAACACUAAUAUUCAGAAGAAAAUAUGUGUGGCAUUCAGUCCAAUGCUGAAAAUAUAUCUGUGGCAUUCAGUAGGCCAAUGCUGUGGUAAAGUAUGACCAAGUGUUUCUUUCUGUUCAAUAGAUAGAACUUUAUCAAUCCCCUGUAGGAGAAAUGUGUUAAUGUUUGUCCCUAUAAAACAAUAAUGGUAAAAUAAUAAAUACAAAACACGACGGUAACUGAGUAGGUCAAACCGUCCAAUCUGAAGGCUCUACUUAACCACUCCCCCUACUCACUUCCACCAAUGCGAAGCGAACAGAACUGAGUAGGGGAGGGCGUAGCCUAACUAGUUUGUGAACGACCCAGAGAAACGCAACUCAAAUUCAAUGUGAACAUAUAUGAGGCUUUAAUAAAAUCCCGGACGAUUUUGAAAUUCCGACACACAUUUUUUAAAAGUGUGUCAAAAAGAGGGCAGUCCGGGCAAAAGAGGACGUCUGGUUACCCUACCGUGUGGCGUGUGAGCGUGUGCAUGGGUUGAAUUGCGUGUGUCUCAUGCCGAACGCGUGAGACUUGAGAGCCCUGUUACCGAUAUUAUCCCGGAUAUUGACAGUCGCAGUUCAGCAAAAGAGGCGUAGAGGAAGAAGGGGCCCGGAUGUUGACAGUAAUGGUUGUGGAACUGUGCAGCGCCGUAUAUAACGAAUGUAUGAGAUAUGCAAAUUUGAUCGGACCUGACUGGAAAGUAUUACCCGCCACAGUGGCGGGUGAAGUGACACAAUUCACCCGCCACCAUACAAAUCCACCCGCAAAUGGCGUGUGGCGGGUGUUAAUUUCCAUCCCUGGCGCACUGUCAAUUCACACCAAUCCCAGGAUGACAUUACCCGUUUAUCUGACUUGAUUACUGAUUACGAGCAUGUUCAGCUGAAACCUUCUGAAUACACAGAUCACCAAACACAGGAUAUUGAUCAAGAUAUAGACCCGGACAAUAACUUUUUCUUCAACCUCAAUGAGAACUGUCAUUAUUACACUAGUGAGCAGUUCAAUGCAAAAAUUGAGUUUACUGGAAAACUGACAAUAAUUCACUUUAACAGCAGGCAUUUGAGCAAAAAUGUCCAUGCAAUCAAGGACUAUUUACAUACAUUUGCCAUUCCUUUUCACGUAAUUGCUAUAUCUGAAUCCUGGAUCACUGAGGGGGAGGAGACCAACUAUACUAGAGGGCUAUGACUUGGUUAACAUCAACAGACAAAAUAAAGGAGGGGGAGGAUUGGGGAUUUUCGUGAUUUACAAUUUCACAGAGUUGAUGAAAUGACAGUAACAAUGGACAAUGUACUGGAAUGCAUAACAAUAGAAAUCUGUAUGGAGAAAUAAAAAAACAUCAUAAUAAGCUGUAUUUAAAGAACCCCAGGAACAAGUAUUGAAAUCUUCACUAACUGGAUUGACUCUAUGUUCUCAAAGUUUUGCAACAAAGUUGUUUUUGUUUGCGGUGAUUUUAAUAUUGACCUCCUAAAUCCAAGUAACUACUCAGCCAUUGAUACUUUUAUUAAAACAAUGUACAGUGUGAGCCUGUUUCCCAAAAUCACAAGGCCCAGUAGAAUCACCUCCUAUUCUGCCACCCUAAUUGACAACAUUUUCACAAAUGACAUUGAAAAUAAAUCAGAGAGUGGUUUAUUAAUCAAGGACAUCACUGACCAUCUACCAGUUUUUGUGGUGUACAAUGGUAAUUACAAGAUAACCAGGGCAGAUAGGCCAAAACAGUACAAACGCACAAGGACGGAGGAAUCCAUCAAACUGUUAAAUAACGACUUGGGGGAGCUGCAAUGGGAGGUGGUAUAUGUGAAGGGUGAUUCAAAUAGUGCUUACGACACAUUCAUGAGGAUUGUUAAGACACUGUAUGAUAAAAAUUGUCCUGUAAAGGAGUGGAAUUGCAAAAAGAAUUACACCAGCUGUCCCUGGAUCACAAAAGGAUUACAGAGUGCCUGCAAAAAGAAAAAAACAGACUCUACAGAGAAUUUAUAAGACUGAAAACAGUAGAAGCAGAUAACAAAUAUAAAAAAUAUAAAAAUAAGCUAACUCAUAUUAUAAGGGCAAAUAAAAAAGAGUAUUAUAAAAAAAUUCUGGAGGAUAAUAAAAACAAUAUCAAAGGAAUAUGGAAUCUUUUAAACAGUAUUAUAAGAAAGAACUCUGCUUCUGACAAGUAUCCGCAGUUCUUUAUUGAUAAGGACAAAAAUAACUAUAACAUGGAAGAAGUAGCUAACAGUUUUAAUAUGGGGCCGGAUUUGGCAGAAAAAAUUCCGGAUCCAGGGACAACUGGUGAAAUGUUGGAGAAACUGGUAGAUAGAAAUCCCAGUUCUAUGUUCUUAAAGGCAGUGGACGAUGCUGACAUUUUGGACAUUGUAAACAACUGCAAAAACAAAAGAUCCACUGAUUUUCAAGACAUGGAUAUGGCUCUAGUCAAACUGGUAAUACCGGCAAUUGUAAAACCACUGACUCAUAUAUUCAAUUUAUCAUUUCAAACCGGGAUAUUUCCCGAUGGAAUGAAGACUGCUAAGGUUAUACCAUUAUACAAAGCUGGGAACACAACUUCACAAAUUACAGACCUGUCUCUUUACUUCCACAAUUCUCCAAGAUUCUAGAAAAACUCUUCAACUCCAGGUUAGAAGCUUUUUUAGAAAAGCAUCAACUACUUUCUGACAGUCAAUAUGGAUUUAGAUCAAAUAGAUCAACAUCAUCAGCAAUAAUAGAAUCAAUAGAGGAAAUCACAACGGCUAUAGACAAGAAACAACAGGCAAUUGGAGUGUUUAUCGAUUUAAAAAAAGCAUUCGACACAAUCAACCAUGACAUUUUAAUUUGCAAACUGGAAAAAUACGGAGUAAGAGGAGUUGUUCUAGAUUGGAUUAAAAGUUAUCUUAACGGGAGAAAACAGUUUGUGAAGUUGGGUGAUUACUAGGGUUGUGAACGAUAAACCGAUGCGACCGGAUAUUCGGUUUAACAAGUGAGAGAUACGGCUGCAUCGGUAGCAGCCUCCUUAAUCGAUAGGAAUUAGCUGUGAAUAUCUAGAUUAAUCGGUUGUAGAGUCAUGGAUCGGGUAUCGCGACACUUAGAAUCGGUUGUCGGCUUCACACACUUACAGUUUGCGUCAGCGACAGCGUCUCUAAAACAACGCGAGAGCUGAAGCUGCCCGUGAAUGAGUGACAAGUGACAAGAAGGAAAAUGGAGGGGGUUAAGGAGGUCAGCGGUGAUAAUGAUGAAAAGAUUUUCAAUGCACCGGGGAAACAAAAAUCCAAAGUGUGGACUGUUUUUGGGUUUUACAAGAAGGAAGGGAAGCUCGACAGAAGCCGUGCUGUUUGUAAGCUGUGUAGAGCAUCCUUAACGUACACCGGCAGCACUACAAAUCUCGACCAGCAUGCUAGGAGGAGACACGGUCAGGAAUACAUCGGUGAGACCCGCACCAACGAGCAGGAGCGCACUGCAAGCAGUAGCACACAGCCGGUUAUUUCUAACAUGUUUGCGCAACUUGGUCAAAACUCAGCACGUGCCAAGGAAAUCACAGCAUCAAUAACGCGUUUUAUCGCUAAAGGAUUAUGUCCGUAUAAUAUAGUUGAGUGGGAAGGAUUUCAGGAUUUGAUCCAUACAUUAGAGCCCAGGUAUAAGAUACCCUCCCGAAAUCAUAUCACCAACACGUGCAUGCCAGCGUUGUAUACACAAGUUAAGAGCCAAGUUGAAAAAGAACUGGCAAAUGCAGAGCGAGUGGCAAUAACAAGUGACGCUUGGACGUCAUGUGCAACGGAGUCUUAUGUGACGAUCACAGCCCACCACAUCACUCCGGAUUGGACGUUAAAUGUUCAUGUGUUGCAGACCAGGGCAUUCAAAGGAUCUCACACUGGAAAGAAUAUUGGUGCUCUACUGAAACAGGCAUGUAUUGACUGGAAACUUUUUGAUAAAGAGCCAGCCCUGGUAACGGACAAUGCUUCAAACAUGGUUUUAGCUGGCGUGGAAGCAGAGAUGAGCCCUCACCUCAUGUGCUUCGCACACACUAUAAAUCUGGCCACACAGAAAGCCUUCAAAGUGGACACGGUAGAAAGGUUGCUGGGAAGGGUGAGGAGAGUGGUUGGCUUUUUUCACCGCAGUGUCAGAGCAGCAGAAAUUUUACAAGACAAACAGAAACAACUGGCCUUGCCUAUCCACAAACUCAUCCAAGAUGUGUCCACCCGUUGGAACAGUUCCCAUGACAUGCUUGAACGCUUACUGGAACAACAGCCUGCCAUUUCUGCUGCACUCAUGUCCAGGGAUCUCAGAAGAGGAGAAGAGGUUAACACUCUUAAGGACAAAGACUUCUGCGAUGUUGUAGAUAUUGUGAAGCUGAUGGCGCCGGUCAAACUUGUGACCACCAGCAUGUGUGAAGACAAGCGGCCCACACUCUCAAUGAUUUGUCCUGUCAGAGCAAAGCUUAAAAAGAACUUUGAAGCAUCAGAUGAAGACUCAGCGGUAAUCAGAGAGAUGAAACAAGCAUUCAGAAAUGACUUGGAGAAGCGCUACACUGGCCUGGAUGAUCUGUUCUACACUGCAACAGCUCUGGACCCCCGCUUCAAGUCUCUGCCCUUCCUGACUGACCAUGAUGCUGAGCGGACGUUCACAAGCAUAACAGCAGAAGCUACAUCCCUGCAUAACAAGGUAAAUCUCCCAACACACUGUUAUCCCUUGAGUGUUCUUAACUUAUUUACGCCGUGGAUGUUCCUAAAGCCAAAAUGUUUGUUAGGAUAAACGUGGGAUCAAAAAAAGUGGUUUUAAGGGGUUUCAAUGGAACGUUUAAGGCUGGAUUUUGUUAGCAUAGCCAUUUUAGGCUUAAUUAAAGUAUUGAGAUUUCAACUUUUUAUUCUGACUGCUGUUACUACACACUAACUGUCUUUUAUAUUUUAUUUCAAGGCAGCAGGGGAUCCAAUUCAGAGGCCCACUGCAGACAAAUCCAUGUCAGACUGAACCUGCCCUUGGAGAUCUGGACAUUAGCAUUGAUGCACCCCAGACCCAAGAUGAGCCUAAAGGUUUGUGUAUUUUAUAACUUGUGACCAAGAAAGAGUUGACUUUGGCUUAAACUCAUGCAGCCAUAAAAUAUUAGCAUACAACAACAGAUUCAAUGUAAUGAGAUAAUCGGCAUGCAAAGAAAAAGAGUAUAAUAAUGAUGAUGAUAAUACAACUUUUACUGAUGUGAACAAAAGUGCCAAUAUAAAUUCAUUCUGAACAUCAGAUGAAGGUUCAUAUAUAAAAUGGUAAAGACAGGUAGAAAAAAAGUGCCACUGAGUCAUGACAAACAAAGCCAGUAAUAUACGGUAAUUGUUUUCUAUUUCAGAUGAUGACCCUCCUCUCAAAAAUAAGAAAAUGUCAGCGUUGGACCAGCUGUUGGGAAAAGACUUUGAAGUGAGGAUGAGAGCUAGAUCUGUAAGAGACAAGGCCAACGAAGAAGUCAAGAGGUACAGAGAGCGUGAUCUGUUGUCCCUGCAAAAAAACCCACUGCAGUGGUGGAAAGAGCAGCAGGACUUGCCACUGCUGUCGUCUCUGGCUAAAAAAUACCUCUGUAUCCCGGCCACCAGUGUGGCAUCUGAGCGGGUGUUUAGUACUGCGGGAGAUAUUGUUUCCUCUAAACGCAGUCUACUCAAACCUGAGCACGUGGAUCAAUUGAUAUUCCUGAAGAAAAACCUGUCCCCCAAAAACAACAAGGAUAGUGAGACUUGAAUGAAGAAGAUUUGUAAAAAAAAAAAAGCAGCAGUUUGAUUUAUUUUAUACAUAUGUUUAAUACAUGUGUUAAUGUUACAUAUGUUAAUAUGUUACAUAUUUAUUUCCUUUAAUCUUUUACAUAAUGCACUUGUCACUGUGUGUUAAGCAUUGUUGAGAUAAGAAUGUGGUUGCUGCUUUGUUCUUCCCCCUCUGACACAUUUUGAGAUGUCAUAAGGUUUUGGUUACAUGGUUUGUUUAUAGGUCACAGGUUCUGAACCCAUUAUCAAUUCCUGCGGUGCCCUCAAUCUGCUGCUGCUUACAUUUUUCAGUUUGUAACUUGUAACUUGCACCUUUGUUUUCCAAACACUAUGCUCAGGUUGUGAUUUUUCUACCUCUUUGGUCCAUGUCUAAAAAUAAAUACAUUGACAUGUGAUUUUGUUGUUGUUAGUUUUAUUUUAAUUUUAUUUUUACCAGUGCCAUAAAGCAACAAUGCUUGGGGAUAUGUGGUCUUUUACAUAUUUGAAAAGAAAAUAUUGUACUGUCAUUUCACAGAAUUGGCUUCUUUAUUUUAUAAAAUAUCUACAACAAAUAUUAACCGUAGAAUCGAAUCGAAUCGUUCUUACACUUUAUCGAUUUGUAUCGAAUCGGUCUAAUAAAAGGAUAUCGUUUUUGAAUCGAAUCGUAACCUGUGUAUCUAGAUGCGUAUCUAAUCGUUUAUCACAGAGAGAUGUGCAACCCUAGUGAUUACUGCUCUUCAUGCUUGGACAUUGUUUGCGGCGUACCUCAAGGGUCAGUACUGGGUCCAAAGUUGUUUAUACUGUACAUUAAUGAUAUAUGCAAAGUGUCCAAGCUACUGAAAUUAGUCCUGUUUGCGGAUGAUACAAACAUCUUCUGCUCAGGAGACGAUCUCGCUGAGCUUCUGAAGGAUCUUACUGAGGAAAUGAUCAAACUAAAAAACUGGUUCGAUUACAACAAAUUAUCCCUAAACCUGGCCAAAACUAAAAUUAUGCUAUUUGGAUAUGGUAAAAGAGAUGUGCAGGUAAAAAUGGAAAUAGAUGGGGUGGAAAUUGAAAGAGUACACGAAAUUAAAUUUCUUGGAGUUAUGAUCGAUGAUCUAAUCAGUUGGAAAUCACACAUAAAACUUGUUCAAACCAAAUUGUCAAAAAGCAUUGCAGUAAUAAACAAAGCAAAGCAGGCUUUGGAUCAUAAAUCACUCCACACUCUUUACUGUGCACUCGUUUCGCCUUAUCUAAUGUACUGUGUCGAGGUCUGGGGGAACAACUACAAUACCUCAUUAGCACCAGUAACUAUCCUGCAGAAGAAAGCGAUUCGUGUCAUUCCUAAGGUUGGAUAUUUGGACAAUACUCACAUUAUUUCUACAGUCAAAAAUUAUUAAAUUCACUGACAUGGUGAAGUUUCAAACUGCUCAGGUAAUGUACAAAGCAAAAAACAACAAACUCCCAAAUAAUAUUAAUGAAUGAUUAAUUAAUGAAAGACAGCUUAGUUAUAAUUUGAGGGGGAAACUAAAUUUUGACAGGUUCAGCAUCCGAACAACCAGAAAAGGCUUUUGCAUUUCAGUUUGUGGGGUAAAGCUGUGGAACAGUUUAAAUAUGGAGAUCAAGCAAUGGCCAAGCAUGAAACAGUUUAAAAGAAGAUACAAAGAGGUGGUUUUCCAGAGUUAUAGUAAUGAAGGAGGGCUUUGACGUCUCAUUACUUGUUAACAUGACUAGUUAACUGUGUGAUCAGCAGUGAGCUAUUGGUCUUAAGGGUGGUGUCGCUUGCUGUGGUGGCUCGGCCUUCUGCUGACUCCACAGUUGCUGUGGUGCUGGCAGUUGGAGUGGCUGACAUUUUUAGAGUGUCAGUGAGUAGGAAACAUGGGUAUGUGAAGGAAUGUAUAUGUAUGGAUUUACAGGAAAUAUAUUGGUACGUUGUGUGCAUCUAUGUGUACUGGUAUGGUGUACAGAUAUGCAAGUGUUCGUGUGUACGGUUGUGUGUAUGUGUAUUGGUAUAGAGUACAGAAAUGCAAGUGUUGUACGCUGGUGUGUAUCUAUGUGUAUCUGUAUGGUGUACAGAUACGCAAGUGUUGAUACAUAGAUUUUUUAUCAUGAAAAUGAGAAAUGAGUCUGAAGGAAACAGGUAGUUUUGAGUUUGAGUUUUGAUUUUGAUUUCUGACCUGUUAAUAUUGUUUAAAGAAGUGGGGUGGGAUUGAACAAGUUUUUACUUCUUCCCACCCCUUUUCAAAUAUGUUGUAGCAUUUUUUUAUAUAGAGUGCUUGGCGGCAUUAUCAGUGCAGGAGUCACUAGGGCUGACUCCUGUUGAUGCAUUAUUAUUGUUGUUUUGUUGUUGCAUAUUUGAAAUAAAUCAUUCAUUCAUUCAUUCAUUCAAACAUGGAAGGCUCUUCCCGAAACUUAUGGUAACAUGAAGAAAUACGCAUUUGCAGUGUUAUCCAUGUUUGGAUCAACAUAUUUCUGCGAGCAGAUCUUCUCAAACAUGAACUAUAUCAAAUCCAAAUACCGCACCCGCCUCACAGAUGAGAGCUUGCAGUCCUGCGUCAAGAUUAAAGUUACAAACUACAUGCCCGAUGUGGAGAAGCUGUCCAGUGAUGUCCGAAAACAGAAGUCACAUUGAACAGGUGAGAAAACCAUCCCCUCAUAUAGGCGCAUAUUUAAGCCUAACAAAGUGGCUGUUUUUAUGGAUGGCUUUCUGCUUUUGUCAGUAUAUUUGGAAUGACACAAUUAUUGUGUUUUAUCACUCAGGUUCGAUGUUAGCCUAUGUGUCAAGCUGGGGAAGAGAAGGAUGCUGCUGCGUGUCACAGUUGCGCUGACCGUGGCAUUGGCGAACUAAAGAGAAGAGGAUAAUGCACAGAAGUUUAUCUGUUUUGUUUGGUUUUAAUUUUGUUCAUUUCGACUGUUGUUGAAUUUUAAAGCAAGCUGUCUUUUAAUUGCAGCCUGCGCUUUGCGAUUGUAGCCACUUUUUAAAUGUCUGACGCUGAGUAAUGGGGAUUUUUUUUUUUAGCCUACUCAUUUGCACUACCGUUUCAUUUUUAUAGUUGCAAGCUUAAACACAUUCUGCGUGUUUAGCAGUCUGUUGAUUGUUAUUGAACAGGGAAUUAUAUUGACGUUUGAAGAGAAUUAACUUUCCACACUGUCUGAAAAUAGCCUGAGGCUAUAUGCACUUUUGUUUUGGUUCUGGAGACCAAAAAAUAAAAGAUGACAACCAAAAAUAUGUAUUUAUUCUUGUAUAUCUAUAAUUUAAUCAGUGCAACAAAACAUAACACAUUAAUAUUGUGAUGGAAGUUAGGCUAAACUUGAAGCAGCAUCUGGCCUAUCGUACAUGUACUGUAGUCACGUGGUGCGUAAUUCUCUCCAGGAUGCGCUGCAGGGAAAAUAAACAUUUAAAGAUGAAUGCUAAUUUUGUAUAUUGUAGCCAAGGCCUACUUUGUCAUUUUAAAAGUAGGCAUAUAGCUUAUGUAGGCUAUGUUGCCUCAUAUAAGGCUUUUAGGUUUUUGCGGCUCCAGACAGGUAUGUUUUUUUUUUUUUUUGCCAAAUAUGGCUCUUUGAACAUUUUGGGUUGCCGACCCCUGGGUUAGCUGAACCAGGAUCUAUUGCACCAAUUGUUUCAGAGCUGAGUGUAUGUAUAUGUACCGUGGUGCGGCGUCGCACUGUCUUGAGGUGUAAAACCCGCAGGCGAGGGCCGCGACCAGUAUGUCGAAUUCUCGCGAUCCCAUUGAUCGCCUCAGAGCUGAGUGUUAACCAGACUCCCUCUGAAAAUAACGCUGUACCUAUAUGUACGGUGGUGCGGCCUCGCGCUGUCUCGAGGUGUAAAACCCGCAGGCCAGGGCCGCAAUCAGUAUGUCGAAACCGCGGCAUCCCCUUGACCGCUUCAGAGCUGAGUGUUAACCGGACUCCCUCUGAAAAUAAUAAAAAGGAAGCACUCAGAAUAGGGUUCAUGAACAUAAGGUCGCUUUCGUCGAAGGCGCGCUUGGUCCAUUAUCUAAUUAUUGAUAAAAAAAGAUCGACAUACUGGGGCUUUGUGAAACCUGGUUAAAACCAGAUGAGUUUCUAGCCCUAAACUAAGCUACUCCACCCCAUUACGUUAGCACCCAAGUAUCUAGAGAAGUUAAGAAAGGUGGUGGAGUAGCCCUGAUAUCUAAUUCUAAGCUUAAUUUAAAGCCAAAUAAUAGAUAUAUUUUCAGAUCCUUUGAGGUGCUAGCGCUCUGCACCUCAGCUCCCCGAGAAGCGAAACGAGUUCCAGACUCUUUCGUUUUAGCUGUAGUAUACCGUCCCCCAGGACCGUAUUCAGUUUUUGUUGAUGAGUUUUCUGACUUUGCAGCUGAUCUGGCUACAUACUCAGACAAUAUUUUGCUUAUUGGGGAUUUCAACAUUCAUGUGAAUAACCCGUCUGAUGCCCUCGCAAGGGCUUUUCUGUCCAUUACAGAUACGCUUGGCUUCAAACAGCUCGUCCAGCACCCAACCCACAUCGGUGGAAACACGCUGGAUCUCGUUCUGACCCGCGGUGUAGACAUUUCACAGCUAGUGGUCUCUUCCUACACCUCAGCUUUAUCAGACCACAUUUUGCUUACUUUCCAGGUGGUGGUAUCCUGCCCCUGCGACGAUCAGCAAGCUACUUUCAGCUGUCGCCGCAUCACACCUGCAACCAUUACAGCUAUGGCAGAUAACGUGUUGCGGGUACUGGACUGGAUGCCUGGACUCUCCUCAUGGAUAACCGGCCAGAACCCCAUCACCAUUUUAAUAUGAUGUGCAUGUAUUUACCUGUAUGUCAAUUGUGGCACCCAUUGCACUCCUGACCAUCCCUGGAAGAAGGGAUCCCCUACACUGCGUUUCUUCUCAAGAUUUCUUCCUUGCUGAUUCAAGGGAGUUUUUUCUUGCCCGUGUGGGGGCAUGGGUAAAGGGGGGUGUCACAAAUAUUUGGCCUGUUAAGCCCUUUGAGACUGUAAUGGUGAUUAAGGGCUAUACAA